AAAGAGAGAAACUUUGAAGAAGGAACUCAAAAGAUGAGGCCGAAGAUCUUUCUUUUUGGUGAUUCCAUUACUGAAGAAUCGUUUAGUGACGGUGGUUGGGGAGCUUCUCUCGCCGAUCUGCUCCGCCGCAAGAACCGUUGGCCACAAACGGUCAUUGUUCUUAUAACUCCACCUCCAGUCCACGAAGAGGCUCGCCUCCGGGACGGUUUACAUUUGAGCCGGGUCGGGAACAAAGUA